CUGGAGUCUGUUCUUUAUUUUUUUUUUCCAUAGAUUUUUUUACCAAAUCUAUAUAGUUUUAGGGCGGUGCUCAUCAUUCAAUUGGUCCUCUCCUCUUGUGCAGUGCUGAGAGAUAGGCGUGUAAGGAGGCUUCCGGGCAGAAGAAGACAUUUAAAAAGCUUAGCGCAAACAGGAGAAAGAUCGCAUUUUUUUUUUUUUUCCAAUUGUUUCGAUGGAAAAAGCUUCAAUGGAGGGCAGGGAAGUUAAAGAGGGGAGGAAUCUCAAGUUGGUGCCUUUCCUUUUCCCACUUUUCACUGUGUGCUUUGGGCGUGGUCUUGUUUUGGCUUUAGAGCUUUGAGUGUGGCGUAGAGAAAGGGAGUGGGUGAGGCUUUGGCUUUGAAUGGUUUGGACUGAGCUGCUCUGUUCUUCUCUGAAACCGAUGCACUCUUGCUUCUUCUCAGGUUGCUGAGAGCAGAGGGGAUUCUCUGAUUGCCUUGUCUUUUCAACCCUUCUUUGCAACUGUGUUUCUUGUCCUUCGAAGCCUUCUAUGUCCAAUUCCUGGCGUUUUCUGGUGUUUGCCCGCUCGUGUUAUUGGAAUUUUUUGGCAUUCAUAAAUCGAUCCCUGCUUUGACUGAUGAUCUUUGAAGUUAUUUGUCAAAGUUUAUGCGAUUUGUCUUGCUGGUAAAAUGGGAUCUUGAAUUACUAUUGCUGGGUUUGUAUCAUAAAAAAAGCUUUCAUUUUUUGCUUAGUUUUGUUCUCGAGAUCAAUAAAGCUGCCGGUAUCUGGAACAAUGGCCUCUAAUAUGAGCUGGGGGCUCUGCGACAUUUUGAGGAUUCUCUUCUGAGAUUGGUGGGUUUAGUGAACUAGGUUUUGGAAGAGGUUCUAUGCUCUUGCGCUUUUUAUCCAUAUGUUCUGUUCUAUCAGCUGUCUUCGAAUUAUUCUCGACAGAUUAGCCGACUCUUGUUAUUCUUCUCUCGCUUUCUUAAUUGGAAAAUUAUUGAUCUUGAAGUCCUUCGCCCCUGCUAUUUAAGAAAUUACUUGUUUCCAGUCGAGUACUCGUCUUUCUUAUUGGUUCCAACUCUCUUUAUCAGUUAUUUGGGUCUCUAUAGUUGGAUUGACAUUGUUCUGGAUCACCAAGAUCAAAUUUGGCAAAACAGAUCGAGUUUGAAUUUUCUUUUUCUUCUUCUUCUUCUACAUCAAAAGAAGAGAUCCAAUUUUCGGUAGCUGUCUCUUUAAGAUUUUCUUGUCAAGGGACAGAGAGAGAGAGAGAGAGAGAGAGAGAGAUGGAAACGAAUCCAAAUGAUAGGUUUGGGAUGGAGAAAAGGAGUGGGGAUGUCUCUGCCGACUGCCGAUUCGGCAAACCGUCGAUGGGUGCUGUUCCAGCCAACCCUGCCAUUGCCAUGGGCCAAGGUGUUUCCAUGACUUCCUCCUCGUGUCCUUCAGUUCCUGGGGUGGACUUCUUUGGUCCUGGCGUCUGGAGCCACCCUGCCAACCCACAGAACUUGGGUUUUAGUAAUGCUCAGACCACCAGAGGUGCCUCCAGUAGCAUACCAAUUGGAAAACCAGUUGCAGUGUCUUCUAAAGGCAUGUUCUUGCAAGCCGUCCCUGGAGUUCUACCCCCAAGCCUCUCCCAUUUUCCUUCUGAUUCUGCUUUCGUUGAGAGGGCUGCGAGGUUUUCGUGCUUCAGUGGUGCUAAUUUUGGUGGCAUGAUGAACCCUUUUGGCUCAUCUGAAUCUUUGACUGCGCACUCUAAUGCCUCAAGAGGUGUCGCUGGAACUCAGGGCCUUAAGAGUGAAUUAAACAUGACUGAAGUUCCUAGGGAUAUCACUGUGCCAGCUGAUCAUGGAUCCAGCAGCGGAAGUCCAUCGAAGAACCGAAGAGACAAGGGGAGCUCCCUGGUUGGGGACUUGAGCAACGCGUGCCGAGAGGCCAAUUUUACUGAAGUUGAUCAAGAGAAGUCCCCUGAAUUGGCCAACGCAGCCGGGAAUUCUUCUUCCAGUGAUCUUGGUUCGAAGAAGAGAAAAAGAUCCAAUCAGGAUAUGGAAUUGGACCAAGUACAAAGAGGCACACAAUUGUCAAUGGAAAACUCAAAGGAUAAUACUGAAACAAAACAGAAUCUUGAGCAGAGCAACUCAAAGCCUACUGGGAAGCUGGCCAAGGAUAGCACAGAAGAUCUGAAGGAAGAUUAUAUUCACGUGAGAGCGAGGCGUGGCCAGGCAACUAAUAGCCAUAGUCUUGCAGAAAGAGUAAGAAGGGAAAAAAUAAGCGAAAGGAUGAAGUAUCUUCAAGACCUUGUGCCUGGUUGCAGUAAAGUUACAGGAAAGGCAGUCAUGCUGGAUGAGAUCAUAAACUAUGUUCAAUCAUUACAGCGGCAAGUUGAGUUUCUAUCUAUGAAACUUGCAACCGUGAAUCCACGAGUGGACUUCAACAUAGAAGGGCUUCUUUCUAAAGAUCUUUUUCAAUUCCGUGGUGGUUCUCAGUCUAUGAUUGGUUUCUCGCCUGACAUGAUUCAUCCUCAGUUGCAUCCAUCUCAACAGGGUUUGGUUCAAGCUGGGAUUUCUGGCAUGGGAAGCCCUUCAGAUGCAGUUAGGAGAGUGAUGAAUGCUCAAUUGGCUGUCAUGAAUGGAUUCAAAGAGCCUACACCUCAGAUACCAAGCGUGUGGGAUGAUGAGCUCCACAAUGUCAUGCAAUUGAGUUAUAGUACCAAUCCUCCUCUCAGCACAAAAGAGUUGAAUGGUAAACCUCGUGAUGGCUUCCCCAUAUGAAACUAUGACUCUAUCAGAGUUCCUUAGCUAAGAUAAAGUCUCCUCAUCUGGCUUCAUGGGUUUUUCUGUCACCAAGUUUUUCAGAAGUCGAGCUUUGGUUAUUACAUAUAAUACAUUUCAAGCUACCCUUUUUUCAUACAAAGCUCAUGCCCUUGCAACAUGGUACCUAAGAGGCAAAAGGGGAUGCAUAUGCUCAUCCGAUAGCUCUAGUGGAAAAUAGCUGAUUCCACUUUAAGCAUCCAAGUCCAAAGCAUUGCCUAAAGUUUCCUUGUUGUAUAGCAAUGGCUGCAUGCCCUGCAGUUGGUUAUAUCAUGUACUAGCUUCAUUUCUUUUUAUUGGAAAUCUUAUAACCAUUGUAUGAUGAUGUUGGAAUCAACAGCUUGGCGCAUGUAGCCCAAAAAUCCUGAACGGAUCUGGUGAAAUGGCCCUGAAUAUCAGGGUCUUUUUUAUAUUUGAAUACGACUGAUGAAUUUUUUUUUAA